GUUAUUCUAGUAAAACAUGUUCCAUAAUAUUUUUAUCAUAAACAUAUUAAACUACUUUUACAAAUAUCUUGGCGGCUGACCUUGAGCGUGCAUUACGCAGUUCCCUACAAUGCAUUCCUUUAGGCCUCACUACACCUAAAAUUGUGUUCAGCACAGCAGCUCGAGCAAUGUUCCGAGCUGACAAGAUUUUUGUAUAUGUGAAUGAAGCCAAAGAUCUAAUGGACCCCCGUCGAGGGUAUUUCUCGUACCCUUAUUCUGGGCAACCACCAACCUACUACCAUCCACUUUUUUCAGCAGGCAUGCAAGCGGUCAAUUUUGUGCCGAUGUCGCAACCGCCUCCGCCGCCACCGCCGCCGCCGCCGCCCGCUUCACAAGCUAUCGAAGACUAUGGCAUCAAAGAUGUUUGGAACUACAAUCUACAUGAAGAAUUCCGUAUUAUCAGACAGAUUGUCCAGAAGUAUCACUGGGUGGCUAUGGACACAGAGUUUCCGGGGGUGGUGGCGAGACCCAUUGGUGAAUUUCGAUCCACUGCCGAUUACCAAUAUCAACUACUAAGAUGCAAUGUGGACUUGCUGAGGAUUAUCCAACUCGGGCUCACAUUCAUGGAUGAAAAUGGCCAAACUCCACCAGGAUACACCACUUGGCAAUUUAAUUUCAAAUUCAGUUUACAGGAGGACAUGUAUGCCCAAGAUUCUAUUGAUUUACUGCAAAAUUCUGGUUUGCAAUUUCGCAAACAUGAAGAAGAAGGAAUUGAUCCGCUAGAGUUUGCAGAAAUCAUCAUGACCUCAGGGUUAGUGCUGAUGGACAACAUCAAGUGGCUAAGCUUCCAUUCUGGAUAUGAUUUUGGCUACUUGCUAAAACUUUUAACUGAUCAAAACUUGCCAGCGGAGGAAAAUGAUUUUUUCCAAACUCUGCACAUGUACUUUCCCACCAUAUAUGAUGUCAAAUACUUGAUGAAGCUUUGCAAGAAUCUGAAAGGCGGAUUGCAAGAAGUAGCUGAUCAGUUGGAGUUGCGCCGCGUCGGCCCGCAGCAUCAAGCCGGAUCCGAUUCACAUCUGACCGGCAUGGCUUUCUUCAAAAUUAAAGAGAUAUUCUUCGACGACAACAUCGAGAGCUCAAGUGGACAUCUGUACGGAUUGGGCGCGCCCUUCUCCGUUACCGCCAACAACUUCCCCGAGGGUGCCGAUGGAAAGCCCAUCUGAUGCGAGGCUUGCAUCUCCGGAAGCCAUGGAGGACCGGCACGUAGUUUCAUCGUGACCGAAUAAAAACUGAUUACCCAUUCAAUAAUAAUUAUUUCUUCAUAAACAUCAUCAAUGUUCAAAUUUAUGACUUGAUUAAAAAAUUGUAAUUGUAGUUGUGGACUAUAUAAACACAUUUAAAUUUAAUGAUAAGUAAUAUAUGUUUACUUAGACUUUUAUGUGCGCAUAAAGCACUACUUCAUUACUGAUAAGGAAAACUGUUUAUCGUUGAUGCACUUCGCUGGUUAUAAUAUUAUAAUAUUGACAUUUCGCCAUAAUUAUAUAUUCAAUAACAUGCUCCCAAAUGGAGCAACAAUUAUUUAGUAGGAAUUCAUUUAAACAUGGAAUCAUACACCUAAGUACUACUUAUUAAUAAGUGGAUGUUACAUUGUAAGACUUUUUCUCCUUUAUUUGUAACUUUUAAGUAAUUUUGAUUGUUGUCCUUGACACUUUAAUGUAAUUUUGUAGCUUGUAUUUAAUCUUUAAAAAGAUUCA